AUUUCUCUCCUCCUCCUCCUACUCCUACUCCUCCUCUUCCUCCUCUUCUUUCCCUUCCUCUUUUCUCCUCUGACCGACAUCCCACACGCUCUGCCUGCACGUCAGAAGUCCCUCAUAGUCCCCAAAGGAUAAGAUGCCAUGGAGGCCACCAGAACAACGGUGCUGUGUAUCUGCUCCGUCCUGUUUGUGCUAACAGAUGUUGGCUGCGAACUGAUUCACCUUCAUUCGCCAGUUCAACAAGGAUCCACAGGGAUGCCGCUAUUUCUGUCUGUGGAUACCAGAUUUUCACUGGAUGAAGUUGAAAUCCAGGGAACUUGGUCUCACAUCGAUCUGAGUGGCGCCAGGACCACGUUGGUUACCUUUACCAAAGAACAGUACAUCAUUGACAUGAUGUACCAAGACCGCCUCCUCUUUAAAGAAGCAAAUGCUUCUCUGCUCAUCCUGAAGUUGAACAAGAAUGAUGAAGGGCGUUAUAAUCUAACACUCAACAUAAAGUUUCCCAACAAGUCAGCAGUGGUCAUCAAAGAAGAAAAAACUAUCUAUGUGAAAGUAGAUGAGCCUGUAUCUACACCAGCCAUUGAGAAACAGCCACCCUAUGCAGUUGUAGAAGACAAAGGAAAUGUAACGUGGACUUGUUCUGUCGAGAAAGGAACAAGAGUGGUCUUCCAGUGGUUUAAGGAUAACGUCACACUGACUCCCAGCGAGAGAUUUCACUUCGUUCAAGACAACGCCACUCUGUUGAUUAGCCCUGUGAGAAAGGAGGACAUGGGGAAUUAUAGCUGUGCUGCCAGCAACCCAGUGAGCCAAAUCAGGAAAAGCAGCGAAGUGGAGCUCAGUGUUUACUAUGGCCCCUACAACCUGGAGGUGAAUUCCGGCCAGGGCCUCCGGACAGGGGAGGUGUUCACCAUCAACCCUGGAGAGCUGGUGUACUUCGAAUGCCAGGCCGAUUCAAACCCCCCCAACAGCUACGUCUGGAUCUCAAAGAGCCGCAACCCGACUCAGAUCAUCACCGAGGGCCCGCGGCUGGAGGUGCUGUCCUACAAGCUGGCCCAGACCGAGGAGUACCUGUGCCGCGCCUUUAACAACGUGACGAAGAAGCAGGACGAGGCCCAGUUCACUCUGGUGGUGGCCAGCCUGGGAACAGGGAAAGAGAGAUACACCCAAGACGGUAGAUCCGUGUCUCCGCUGGCGGUCAUGGCCGUCUGUUCUUCGUUUAUUAUUGGCUUUAUGCUGCUGUUCCUCUUCCGCAGGGCAUGCCAUCCAAAGAGAGUCCUCAUGAGCAUCUACAACAGACCAUUUACAGAGCAGAAACGACCACAGCGCUCAGGUCAUGAAGAUGCAACAGAGGACUUUGGCAUCUAUGAAUUUGUGUCCGUACCAGGAAAAAUGGAGUCCACACAGGCGUCGUGCAGAUCUCUCGCUCGGCUCGAGUCCGUCCAGGACAUACACACCACCAUCUACGAUGUGAUCAGGCACGUCCCAGAAUCCCCCAGUGUCAGCUUGCUGAAGUAACUGUUUGCUGGGAAGUUUCGGUUGUCAGACUUGAAGACUUCUGUGUAGCUUUAUUCUUGUGUUUGCUGCCCAACCGUUUUUUUGCACAAAGUAUGAAGGAGACCUGUUGGGGUACGCAACCUGAACGUGCACUGUUACUGUCGAGAGCUUCAGACAGAUAUUUAUCAUUUUCUACCAGAGAUUAAAGUUGGAAGAAGUGCAUGUAUGAUCAGAUUUAUCAUUAUUGUUUUAUUGUGUUUGAAAGGAUGCAGUUUGUUAAUGUUUUUUUUGUUUUGUUCAAGGAUGAAGAUGAUUACAAAACAAGUUGAUCUUUAUAUUAGGUUUAAAACCCAAAACACACAUAGAUAACUUCUAUGAAACAGCUAUUAGGAAAUGAAUUAACUUGCAACAUGUAACAGUCCUUGAUAUAACCGUUCGCUUUCUGAGAAGUGUUACAAUGAAUGCAUUUUCUUGCUUUAUUGUACAUAUUGUACAUGGAGACUUCACAUAUAUCAUUCUAUUUGUGUAUCUUUCUCUUAUCUUUGAGGUCCUGCAGAAACCCAGAAAAGGAAAAACACGACAAUGUUGCAAAUGUCUGUCAGAAUAUGACCCAUAAUUAUAAUUUUUUUCUUUUUCAAGAGAAAAACAUAAGACAUGCUUUUUAAAGUUAUGCCUUUUACCACUUUAUAUGACCAUCAACAAUGCUCAUACUGGAAUAGAUGUGCAUAUUUUAUUGGUUGAAUAAAAGUGGUGUAUUUUU